AAGGCCAUUAACUAGAGUCUAGCAGUAUUUUAUUAUACCUUCUUGUAACUCAGCGACUCUGUGUUACGUGAAUUUCGAGGCCCACAUGCUGACCUGACAAAGUUCCCCUGUCAAUAAGACCACAAUCGCGUCCCUCUUCCGAUCACAUCGUACGACUCGAAAUCGCCUGACUUCACUUGCCCACGACCACCGAGCACCGCGGCCGGAACGCACGACUAUAUAGGCCUCAUUUCACUUAGAGGACGGCCUCGCCCCAUCUCCCACCUGAAAUCAGAAUGUUUAUCCGUCCCAUGCGCCGCUUCGUCAUCACACUCGUCUUCGGCAUCCUCGCAGCCAUCCUGAGCAUGCUCUACCAUCAACCCAUCGCCAGUAAAUUGAGCAUCAUAACCCACAGCACUCGGCUUUCAUCGGCAUCCAUGGCGAAGACACCACGCGGGUCCGUCAUCGUCGUCGGCUCCGGCCUUGCCGGCCUGUCGGCCGCACACGAGGCUCUCAAAGCCGGCGCCUCGGUCCACAUGCUCGACCGCGCCCCGAAGCCCGGCGGGAACAGCAUCAAGGCGUCGUCCGGCAUCAACGGCGCCGGGACGCGGUUCCAGAAGGCCGCCGGCGUGGAAAAGGACAUCUCAUUCUACGACGACACGGCACGCUCGGGCGGCAAGCGCUUCGUCGAGGCCAAGGGCGUGGUUGACCGCCCCAGACUCGUCGAUCUCCUGACGAGCAGCUCCGCCGACGCUGUCACGUGGCUCGUGGACGACGUCGGCGUCGACCUGAGCGUCGUGGCCACCUUGGGCGGGCAUUCGCUUCCUCGGACCCAUCGAGGGGCCGGGACGACCCCGCCGGGCGCAGCAAUCGUCACGACGUUGCUGAAGAAGCUCGGAGAGAACCCCGGUUUCCGACUCGGCAGCUCCGCCGAGGUGACCUCCCUCAACGUGGCCGACGGAGCUGUCCAGGGCGUGCGCUACGUUCAAGACGGCCAAGAACACGACCUCACGGGCGCCGUUGUGUUCGCCGCGGGCGGAUUCGCCGGCGACGCGAACGGUCUCUUGGCCAAGCACCGCCCGGAUCUGGCAGGUCUGCCGUCGACGAACGAGGCCCGGGCCGCUUCUCAUGGCAUCCUAGAGGCCGUCGGGGCCGCGUUUGUCGAUAUGGACAGCGUGCAGGUGCACCCGACCGGCUUCGUCGACCCCAAGGACCCCUCGGCGCGGUACAAGUUCCUUGCGGCAGAGGUACUCCGGGGAGAAGGCGGCAUCUUGCUCUCGGGCAGCGGAGAGAGGUUCGUCAACGAGAUGGAGACGAGAGAGCACGUCAGCAGGGCCGUCAUGCAGCUGCCGCCCAAGCAGAACGGCGCCGUCAGGCAGUGGGACGUGACGCUGCUCAUGGAUCCCGGCGCGUGCGAUGCCGCGGCGGGACACCUGGGCUUCUACCUGUGGAAAGGCCUGAUGGAGAAGAAGAGGGUCAAGGAGCUGAGCCCGGCAAUCAUCAAGACGGUCGACGAGUACGCGGCGGCGGUGGCGUCGGGGACCGACUCGGCUUUUGGGAGGCGGACGUUUGGGCGCUGGAACCUUGCGGCCGGAGAAGCCAACCGCGAGGAAGAGGUCUGCAUCGGCCGCGUCACGCCCAUCUCACACUUCACGAUGGGCGGCGCGGCGUUCAACGACAACUCGCAGGUUCUGAGAGAAGACGGAACCGCCAUCGAUGGCCUGUGGGCGGCGGGCGAGAUCACCGGUGGCGUCCAUGGAGAUAACCGCUUGGGCGGCUCGUCGUUGUUGGAGUGCGUGGUUUAUGGAAGGAUAGCCGGCCGGCAAGCGGCAAAGGCGGCGACAGCCUCUUGAUACACUUUGGUAUCUCUUACAUGCCUUCAUGUUUCUGACAGUCUUUAUUGUUGCAUGCGCGAAUGACACCUGUUGACACUCUUGCAUCAGCCAUAUCCUAGAUCAAGAAUGGUCUUGCUCAUGAACCAUAUGUACCUUCGGUCGAAAGAAGGCCCAGUAGCGCACUGAACCACACAACGAAGAAGUGAAAUCAUCAAA